AUGAACCCAGAGAACUUAUUCGUGGUCACUGGAAGAAUACUGAUUUCCUUUGGGAUUCUAAGCCUCAUUUCUGGAGUUAUUGCCUUCUUCCCUGUUUUUUCCUAUAAACCUUGGUUUGUUGGAUGGAGUGUUCACAUUGCUUCUCCCAUCUGGAAUGGAGCUUUGGCUAUUAUUGCAGGUGUAUUCAUUGUUCUGGCUGAAAAACAAUGGACCCAGAGAUACCUGUGGGAAGCUGGCUUCGCCUUUAGCAUCUUAAAUAUCAUCAGCUCUCCGGUUCAAGGUGCUGUGGCUUUGGCAUCCCUCCUUCUCGGCCCUUACUGCUACUACUCCUUUGCUGGGGUUUCAGGUUCGAACUAUCUCGGUUAUGCCGCCCUGUUUCCUUUUCCUUACGGCAAGUUCGCUGCUGCAUGCGAGGACCCGUCGCACUAUGAAUGGUACCACCUGGCUUUGCAGAUCCUAGACUUUUGCUCAAGCCUUGCCAUGCUCUGUGCAUCCUUAGCUACAGUGGUCAAACUCAUAGAAAGACUGUUCCGGUUCGGACACCUAAAUGUGAGUAUUAAUCAUUGUCGGGAAAGUAAUGUCUAG